CUCGAUGGCCUCCUUCUCAUCGUCUUUACGCCGUCUACUCAACCCCAGCACUGCCUCGUCCCUGCCUCUUCGCCUCCGCUCCUUCACCUCCACCGCCCGCAUCAUGUCCAUCGAGGAGUCCAUGCGCAACAAGAUCCAGUCCGCCUUUAAGCCCACCCACCUCAAGAUCCGCAACGACUCGAGCAAACAUGCUCAUCACGCUGCCAUGGCCGCACAGGGUGGUGGAAAUGGAGAGACUCACUUCUACAUUGAAGUCGUCUCGGAUGAUUUCAGCGGAAAGACGCAGAUAGCAAGGCAUCGGUCCAUCAACUCCCUCCUCUCAGACGAGUUCGCCUCCGGUCUUCAUGCCCUGUCUCUGAGGACAAAGACGCCUGCAGAAGUGGAGAAGGAGUCUGCCGCAAGGUAAAGAGUCGUGGAUCCAAAGUGCUUUGGCGAUGUCAGGUCAACAAGGGAAGCUUAUGAGGUGGAUUGGUAUAAUAUUACAACAGCUUGGCGUAGCAAGGCAAGGGGGGACGGAGGAUGAUGCUUGAAGCGGUGGUGUACAGGGAUAUAUGACCACUUCCGUAGAUGUACAGUAGCGCAAAUGAGCAACGGGCAGCAGAUGGCACUACCAGCCAAAUUGCAAUUGUGCUCGAGAAAA